AUGGGAAAGAAAGAGGGAAAAUAUGUUUUUUUUGUGACCCAAAAUACGAAAGUGUGCAAUGUACAUUUUUCACCCGAGGAUGUUCUGAAAGUACCUGGUGGCAAGCGCUGGCGAUUAAAGGACGGUGCAAUCCCAUUAAAGGCUGGACAAGCACCCGUAGUGCUAAAUAUGAAAAGAAAACCGCCUACAAUGAGGAAUGAAGCACAAAUAACAACAAAGAAACCAAAAGUUAGUUCUACGAGUGAUGUUGGUAGUAUAAGAUACCAACCCAAGUCUUUGUUGAGUAGUGCAUUGGCUGUUGUUGAUAAAGUCUACAAGGCAAUGGUGCAUGAAAAUAAAGAGACAAAAUGA